AUGGGAAAACAUCGAAAGCCCACUAAAACUCCUGGCGCAAAGGUUGUGUCAAAAUCAGAUGAGGAUAUCCCCUCUUUCGACGAAAAUGCUUUAUCGGCAUUAACUUCGAAAAUUGAGAAGGGAUUCGCAAAAGGCAAAGCAUCAAACAAAUCUCCUGAAUCGAAACCCAAAUCCCCUAAGCCAAACAAAGCGAAUACGUCGACAAAUUCUACAGACUCAAAACCAAAAUCUAAACCGCAAGAAUCCGGUCGAGGAACGAAGAGAGAUGCGCAAGGCAAUGCAAAGGGCAAAGCAGAUGGAUCAUCCAAUGAAGCACCAAAAUCAGGAAGUGAUAGAGAGGUCUUACUACAGGAAAUAUUGGCAUUGGGAGGAACAGAAGAAGACUUAGAUCUUGUACUUGACGCUCAAUCCGACUCUGAAAAUGAAGACGAAGGAAAACCGGCAUCUAUCGACAAGGGUUUCAAGAAUGAGUUUGCCAAAUUUGUGGCAGGGCUUGGAAUCGAGGGACGAGCUCCUGGAGCUGAGGCAGAUUCAGAAGUUGAGGAUGAGGUAGAGGGAGUAGAUGGUGACGAUUGGGAGGAGGCAUCUGCAUCAGCAUUAGAAUCAGGAGAAAGUGAAGAGGAAGAGGCUCCUAAGGUGCCAGAGAAAGCUGCGGUCAAGGCUAAAGAAUCUUCGAAGGAUCAAAAUCGCCUGAAUUUUGAAGCCCGAGCAGAUUGGCAUGCCGCAGAGCUCCUCACCCUUCCCACAGGAGAUUUCAGCGAGUCAAGACCAUACCAAGAAUCGAUAAAAAAUCUCAAGGAAUAUGCCACGACCCUUCUUGAAGCGGAUAGUACACUCUAUGCCUCAAAACAUCUUUCUGCGACUUCUUCACAUCGUUUUCUUGCCACGAUCAUGUCCUCUGGUACAUUAUCCGAUAAGAUUUCCGCGUUAACUUUGGUUGUUCAGGAAUCCCCAGUUCACACUACAAGAUCAUUCGAAAGUUUAUUAGAUUUGGCGAAGAAGCGAAGUAGGGGACAAGCCGUGACAGCAUUGGGUGCUAUGAAAGAUUUAUUGGGAGCUGGUGUUAUGCUUCCUGCAGAUAGACGUCUUCGAACAUUUCCUUCUCAACCUGGACUUCUUGGUACGUUACAAGAAAGCGAUACUGGUGUCUGGAGAUCUGGACAACCUUUACCCGGAAACAUGACCAAAGCGCAUCUUAUUUCAUGGGCAUUCGAAGAUUGGCUCAAGGAGUCAUAUUUUGAUAUGCUCAAGAUUUUGGAAGUGUGGUGCAACGAUGAGGUAGAAUAUGCUCGUUCAAGAGCUGUUACCUACGUUUAUGAACUGUUGAAGGAGAAACCAGAACAAGAAUCUAAUUUACUACGAUUAUUGGUCAACAAACUCGGUGAUCCAGAUAAAAAGAUUGCUUCACGAUCAUCAUACCUUUUAUUACAACUCCAAACCUCUCACCCAUUGAUGAAACCGAUCAUCAUUAACUCGAUAGAAAACGAACUCAUUUUAAGACCUGGACAGAGUUCACACGCCAAAUAUUACGCCAUUAAUACUCUCAAUCAAACGAUUCUUAGUUCAAAAGAAGAAGAGGUUGCGAAAAAGCUUCUGAGCAUAUACUUUGGUCUUUUCGUAUCUCUUCUCAAAAAGCCUGAAGUCAUCAAACCUACGGGUCCUAAACUCAACAAAAAAGGAGAAAUACAAGGAGGCGGAGGUGCUAUGGGAAAGAAGGCAAAGGAAAAGUUGACAGCAGAAGAGGAGGCAAAGCAGGCAAGCGAGGAGACAACAGAGAAAAUGAUCUCCGCAGUUUUGACUGGAGUCAAUCGUGCAUUCCCAUUCACAAAGACGGACGACUUGACGCUUGAGAAACACAUGGAUACCUUGUUCAGAAUCACACACUCAUCCAAUUUCAAUACCAGUAUUCAAGCUUUGAUGUUAAUUGAGCAAUUGUCAACAACAAAACACCUUGCUGUCGACCGAUUUUACAGAACCCUUUACGAGUCCUUACUCGAUCCUCGUCUAAUCACAUCUUCGAAGCAUGCCCUAUAUCUUAACCUGCUCUACAGAGCUUUGAAAGCAGAUGUUAAUAUCAAGCGCGUCAAGGCUUUCGCAAAGAGAAUGUUACAAGUUGUAACCCUCCAUCAACCUCCAUUCAUAUGUGGUAUCAUCUAUUUGAUGAGAGAGUUAGAGGUUACAUUCCCUGGGCUCAAGUCUCUUUUAAAAGAUCCCGAAGCAAAUGAUGAUGAAGAUGAAGUAUUCCGAGAUGUGCCAGAAGAUGGAGAGGCCGUAGAAAUUCAAGCCACAGAAUCCACAGCGAAACCCAAGGCAGAUACAUACGAUGGAAAGAAGAGGGAUCCGGAGCACAGUAAUGCCGACAAGAGUUGUCUGUGGGAAAUUAUUCCUUUCUUAGUACACUUCCAUCCCUCAGUAUCUCUAUUUGUUGACCGCCUUCUCAAUGACGAAAAAAUGCCACCUAAACCAGAUCUUGCUUCUCACACCUUGGCCCAUUUCUUAGAUCGUUUUGUCUACAGAAACGCAAAAGCAGCAGCUGGAGCACCAAAAGGGAGCUCCCUUAUGCAACCUCUUGCUGGUGGAGCAAGUCAAGGUAUUCUUGUAUCCAAUCGUGGUUCCAAGGUACAACAAUCCGUCAAUUCAGAAGCAUUCUGGAGAAAGAAGGCAGAGGAUGUCGCGGUUGAUGAAGUCUUCUUCCACAAAUACUUUAACCAAAUCGGGAAAGGCAAAGAUGCAGCAAAGAAGAAGGAGAAGAAGGAGAAGAGGAUGGGCGAAGACGGAGAGGAUGAUGAGGAUGAGGAUGAGGAUGAGAUUUGGCAAGCUUUGGUUGAAAGCAAGCCAGACAUUGAGGGUCCAGAGUCUGAUGAUGAUGAUUUGGACAUGGAUGAUUUCGAUAUGUCUGAGGACGAUUCUGAAGGUGGUGUUGAUAUUGAAGGAUCAGAUGAGGAAGUUGACAUUGAAGGAGAGGACGAAGAUGAAAAUAUGAAAGAUGACGAGGAAGAUGAUGGAGAAGGAAUCUUCUCUGAAGAAGACGAUGACCUUAAGGACAGUGAUGAUGAAGCAGGAUCCGAUAUGGAUGCAUUAUUCGAAGCUGAAUUACAGAGAGCAAAGAGCCCUGAGGAGGAGGAAGAGAAGAAAGAGACUAGCAGGAGCAAGAGGAGAAAGCUUAAGAAUCUUCCUACAUUCGCUAGUGCAGAUGAUUAUGCGGCUAUGCUAGAUAAUGAUGGAGAUGAGGAUAUGGGUAUGGGAAAGGGAAAAUAA